AUGACUCAGUGGAAUGAUAUGAUAUACUUUAUGACAUACGGUUUUACAAAACAAGAUGAUUGAUGAAUGUUUCUGUGAUCCCCUGUCUUCUUAAGGCAACACUAAACCCUUACAUCGCGUCCAAGUUUACCUACAAGACGGUGUUUCUGUCUGGAGUUGUGUUGUACGCAGUGGGGAUCAUUUUGCUUCCGUCCAUGGUCAACAUCACAGGUGCAGUAAGGAGUCAACAACUUCUCCAAACAGCGAACUCUAGCGAUUUGACACUGAACUUCACGGCUGCUCCUACCUCGCCACCCGUAACAGAAAGUUACAUACAGCCAACGACAGAAAUGAACGCGACAGUUACCGGCCAGUGUCGGCUAGCCGGGGACAGGAGGAAGACCUCCCAGCAUCAGGCCUCAGAACUACCCGCCAGCGUCUGGGGUCCACUACUGUCUGUAGCGUUGCUGAUUGAACAGGGAAUGUAAGAUACUAACCAUACUAAUCAAGUAGAAUCCGUUUCUCUAUUUUCUAUAGCCUUGCUAUAUAUCAGUAUCGAUAAUUACGAAAGUCCGUAUCAUAUCACAUUGAGCCAGACGAAAGGAAACCGUCAGGCAUAGCUCGUUUUUCAGGCAUAGCUCGUUUCUCUGCGAUUGUUUGCAUAAAUGUCUUUCCUCCGUCCUUCAGCUCACAAACAUACCUGGCUGUCAUCGUGAUGAUAGGAAACGCCGGUGUGCAAUCCAACCGGGGGACCGUUAACGGCAUCGCGCAGACCCUGGCGGCGCUGUCCCGGCUGGUGGGACCGGCGGUGAGCGCCAACCUGUUCGCCUGGACCACCGAUAACGGGUUGCCCUGGCCGCUGGAUCACCACCUGUCCUUCUAUCUGGUGGCCGUCCUGUGUGUCCUCGUGGCGGUCCUCUGUGCAAGUCUACCGGCUUCCAGCAACCUGCCGAGGGCCGACAGCCUCACAGUAUCAGAGGAGGGCGACAGAAGGGAGGAACCCAUUUUGGAAGGAACACUGUAUCCAUUGAUGGACAAAUAA